AUGAACGUACCAGAAUUUCCGGCGCCUCCAUCAUUAGUGCCGAUAUCAUCUUCAUCAGCUGCAACCUCUGUGGGGUUGAUCAGAGAGCCCGCGAACAAGAACAGCAAACACCUCGCGGGUAGUUGGCGUGCCAAUGAUUUAUCAGGAGAAAAAUCGUUCACUCGGGGGAUUUCCGUGUCACAGUUAUCAUCCAGGCCUAUCACUGGGAUCAGCAGGAACUUACCCUCACGUAGACGUGCGCACCGGCUUGCGCGUAUCGGAAACUCGGUACAUCCACGAGUUGUCACGAAAGAAUCGUCCCGAGUUAAUCGUCCACGUGUCACUGAGCUGAAAGUUAGUAUGACUGAGAGGCGUGAAGACGACGAAGAUGAUGCUGACGUUGUUUGUGCAUCAGGCACUCCCGUGUCCUUGGACUCGCGAACUAUAUCUGAAGACUUGACAAUUGAAUUGAAAGACCAGCAGACAAAUGAAAUUGUCGGGAUGCCAUUUAUCAAGACUAUUGGAAUCCAGACACGCGAGCGAGAAGGUCCUUACUGGUUGCGAGUCUUUCCAAAAUUAAAAGACAUCAUAGAGGAGGAGGAGGAAGGCGAAAAUUCCCGGACUUGCUCGAAAAUUUGGAAGCAUUUACGGUUUUUAGGAAGACUAUCCAUGUGUCAAUUCGGUCUCGCGUGGCUUUUAACUUUCUGGGCGAUCGCGGGAGCCGCGGCGUUUUACGCGACAGAAGGACCGCGUGAAACCAAGCAAGUAGCCGAACUUAAGGACAUGCAGCGGGAUUUGGCUGUCGGCUUGGCCACCGAGUUGCGUCAAUUAAAAGCCAGUGAAGAAGAAAUGGAGCCCCUCUGGAGUAACAAAGUUCGACAGUAUGUCGCGAAGCAUGAAAAACUUUUACUCGCUGCGGUUAACUCCGGGUACGGCGAAGGGGGUGAGAGCGGAGAACUCUGGACAUUUUCUGGUCUUCUUCUUGCCGUUCGUCUUCAGCAAUACGCCGUGCGCAAAAGGUACGGCGCUGAUCACGACGUAGAAGCUAUUGAAAGAUUACCUGUCCCACAAUGGGUCAAAAUUUUUCCCUUUAUUCUGAUUGCCGGAUACUACCUGCUAGGAAUAAUCGGGUUUGGUGCCGGAAGGUCAAGACCACUGGCAGCGUCUCUUCUCUUUCCUUUGGACUUCACAGCGGCUGGUGGUCUAGCGUCAACUUCGGGGUUCGUUAGAAUAGCCUACGGACUGUAUCUCGAAGGAGCUGUCACUAUAGCCGCUGUAACAGUGGCAGCUCUUCGUGUAUCUGCCUCUGAAAGCCUCGCAAAUAUCGGACGCAAGUACGGCCUGCUGGUUGAGGCUUAG